AUGGCGAGCGCUCGAUCUCUUUUGGCCCCCUGGCUUUUCCUCGGCUUCACGUCCUUCUUCCGGCGAUCUGGCGCAUCGGUCUGUCCAGACGGGGCCCCUGAGGCGCCCGAAGCCUGCACGAAUCAUGAGUACGACUGCAUUUCCGGACGAGCUGCCGAUCCAUGCGAAUGUCUCGAGGGCUUCUAUCCUGUCGGGAAGCAGGGGUGGUAUCCCGACACGCAGCGCGGCUACGAGUUCGCUUGCUGUCCAGGCGAAGGAGAUGGCGGCAGCUGCGGGGAAGAAGGGAUAGCGGUGAUCCUGUCCUUCUCUCUGCUUGGCGCCGGCAUCGUUGGAUAUGCAGUUUGUACUGCCUUCAUCAAGUAUUCGAGAGGUCUCGAGCCCUUGACACGUGAAGAUUUGGCCCUUACAGAGAACCCCAUCGUGCAUGACGGGUGGAAGCUUCAUCAAUCAGUGGAAGCACAUUUGUGGUGCGUGACGCUUGAUGACCUGAAGCAGUUUCGCCGCCUUGUGGGUCGUGCCAUCGCAGAAGGAGUGAUCAGGCCCACCGAUCGGGAUCCCUUUGACACCACCGACAUGGUCAUCGGUCCUUCUAUGUACACGGUCAACACGCAAUACAUAAAGCCGGUGACUGCUGCCGCUGGCAACCCAUCCUGGGCAUUGAUGAAGCACCCUAAGGGUUUGAAAUGCGACCUCUUCAUCACUCAUGGAUGGGCCGAGGGAAUCUUUGAGUUCGUGGACCAGGUGGUGAAUUCCUGGCCCUUCGGUGCCAAAGCUGCGUAUGUCUGCUUCCUGUCCAAUCCGCAGAAUCUGGACAUCGGUGAGAUGAUCGAGAGCCCAGAGGGUUCCCCUUUCGCCAAGGCUUUGCAGUCAGCCACGCAGGUGCUUGCAGCUCCGAAUCAUCGGGAAAGUAUAUACACGCGAGCAUGGUGUGUAUUCGAAGCUUACCUGGCCUACAGCUGGCAAAAGUCGAUCUAUACGGCCGCUUCUCCGCCGCCGCAGUUUUGGUCAAAAACUUUGAGGGCCAUGAGCUGGUCCGUGCUGAUGUUGGGCCUGUGCUUCUCCACGGUGAUGGUCGGAAACAGGGAGUGGAGAGUGGUUAGCGCAGAUGCGACGGCAGUGAUAUCAUUCAUCAUCGCAGGCUUCGCUUGUCUCACCGCCGUCACGUUUUCUGUCUUGAUGUGGAAAGAGAAGUACCAUUGGGAGUUGACUCGAACUGCACUGUACACUCUCCAUGCAUUUGUGGCCUGCCUCAUUGCCUUGGCUGUUUUCCAGACAUCUUUCCAACGGCCUGCAUUGUUUGUGCCUUUUCUGGGACUUCCAGCAAUUGCCUGGGCCAUGGAGUGCGAUCGAUUGCUGGGCAUCGAGGCCACCAAGCAAUCCAACUAUUUGCGACAAGGUUUCACCGGAAAGGUUCGACAUGCCUCCACCUCGAACCCAGCAGACGGUGAGCGCAUCCGGAACAUAAUCUCUGAAAGUGGAGCCGAGGCGGCCGUCGACGAGGCUGUUCAGGUUCUCCUUCGGAUGAACCUCUCAACAAAGGAGCUUCGCAUCGCAACCGCGCGAGUGGGGCCACUUGGGGAUGCUUCAAGCUGGAGCCGUGGACUCUACACGAUUACCAUGGUCUUCUGGGUGGGGCAGACCUUCAACACAAUGCUCUGGCGGGUCGAGCCUGGAUUUCGCUGGAUACCCGUGGUUGCCGCAGUGCAGGCGGUCAUCGCUGCUUGUGGCUUGCUUUUCCUGCCACGGGACCGAAGGCCAUUCGCACAGAGAUCGGCGGCACUCUUCAUGGUUUUCCUGCCGAAGUUUGUUCCAGGAAUACCCGCAGGUGGCAAGUGGGGCGAUGCGUUUCUACAUGGAAUUGCCAUCCCCUUGCUCAUUCUGAUGGCCUUCGCUGGACCCGCUCGCACGGCACGGCUUCCUUUCUUCGGUCCCAUGCUGGUGCGACUCCUUUUUGGGCAAAAUGCCUUCAAGUGCCAGAAGGUCGAAGCCAACCCCUCUGACAGCUUACAGCUCCAGAGCUGGGCCUUGGGAAACCCAGGAGCAGGGAGAGCUCCUGAAGCAAAGGAAAGCGAAGACGAAGACUUCGUGUCUAUAUGA